AUGGACAGUAACCAGUUCCGUCAGGCUGCGCACCAAAUAAUAGAAGAUAUCAUCGCCCAGCAUGACGGCCAAGCAAUCAAUCAUGCCGUACCAUCAGGACUUCACCCCGGCCAGACUAGUAGAACCUUUCCCACAUCCGCUCCCAACAAUAGCGAGACUUGGGAAGACAUCCACAACGACUACCAUAACCUCAUCACGCCAGCAAUGAGCAACUGGCAAGCCCCAGGAUUCGCCGCCUUCUUUCCCGGAAGUACUUCCUACCCGUCAAUUUUAGGCGAACUUUAUAGUGCAUCAUGGGGAGGAUCAAUGUUCAACUGGAUCUGUUCGCCUGCAGCAACGGAGCUCGAAGAGACGACUAUGGACUGGUUGGCUUCUGCGCUCGCCUUACCGCAUGCUAUGCAUCAUAAAGCAAGCGAGGGUCGAGGCGGAGGCAUCAUGAUGGGUUCUUCGUCCGAAUCGACUCUUACGGCUAUGAUCGCUGCAAGAGAUCUUACGAUUGAUGAGCUUGUGGGUCGACAUGCGGAUGUUGAUGAGCGACAGGCUGCUUCUACUUUGCUUGUUGUCAUUGCUGGGAAAACUGCGCAUAGCUCGGUGGAAAAGGCUGCGAGGAUCUUAGGGUUGAGAUACGCUGAGGUUAUGUGUGAUGGUGAUUCCGAGUUUGGAAUGACGAGAUUCGCGCUUGAGCAGGCAAUUGAUCGAUGUAGAAAGUUGGGGUUGCAUCCUUUCUUUGUCACUGCUACAUUGGGAACGACUUCAACGUGCGCGAUAGAUGACCUUCAAGGUAUCGGUGAGGUAUUGGAGUCYGAAGGACAGUCCAUCUGGGGUCACGUCGAUGCUUCUUAUGGAGGCAAUGCUCUGAUUUGUCCAGAGUAUCAGCAUCUUUCAAUGGCAAUCUCUGGGUUUGACUCCUUUGUUACCAACCUCAAUAAAUGGUUGUUGGUCAAUGCGGAUGCGAGCUGCUUCUUCAUCAAAAACAAACACAGUGUCAUCCGCGCGCUAUCAUCCAACCCAAGUUAUCUUCAAAACCCACAAACAACUCACGAGCCGCACGAUCUUACCAUUUCCCUCACAAGACGCUUUCGAGCCCUCAAAGUAUGGUUCGUCUUCCGUACCUUCGGCAUCAACGGCCUCAGAAAGCACGUCCGAGAUGGAAUUCUGCGUUGCGAAGAAAUCGCACCUCUACUAGUCGAGCGACCUGAUCUUUUCGAAAUCGUGUCUAAACCAUGUUUUGGAGUGCUUACAUUUCGGAUCCGACCUGGUGAUGGGAGUAUCUCUGACGGAAAUUUCGGGGAAUAUAAUAGAAGAUCGAAUGAUGUUACUCGGCGGGUUUGUGAGGGAAUAAACGCUACGGGGUCGUUUUAUGUUACGGGCUGUGAGGUUGAGGGAUUUUAUGUGAUUCGACUGGUGACGACGCAUAAUGGUAAUAGUUUUGAUUCGAUGCGGUUGCUUGUUAAUAAGCUUAUUGAGAAGGCUACACGGGAACUUGGGGCCAAGGAGGAACCCCAGGCUGGGUAA